CAAUUCCCCCAAUUCCUCCACCACCAUGACAGACACCACACCUCCACCGGAACAACCCUCAACACCGCUGCCGGUAUACAUACACCCACGACGCGAACCCUUUGAGCAUGGCCUCGUACCUUUACAGAAACUCAUAUUCACCGAUGGCUCACAAACCCUAACCUCCCUCCGGGACAAAUUGCUACAAUUUCCUCCUAUCAACAAUCGACACAAUCGAGUUAAUUCCGCUGUUGUUGCUGAAUCCCUACAGAUCUCCCCCGAACACGCCCGCCUUGUCCUUGAUAUAAUUGCCUCGGUUCUCCACUCUGAUUCCGACCCCCUCGUUACCGCGAAGCCGGAUGAGGUUGAUGCCGUUGGUGUCAAUGUGUAUGAUCUCAUCAUUUUCUUGUACAUACAGUCGUACAAACGGUUGCUUCCUCGAGGGCAUAAGGAUUCUGCCGCUGUUGCGGAUGUUUGGCCGUCUACUUCCGCAUUUGAUGGGUUUUUAUCGGCCCUUACCCCAUUGCAGCUUGUGCGCAGCAAUAGCCGGAGGACUAUGCCAUCACAAGCUGAUGAAGAAGCUCAUCAAUUAUCCUAUUUACAGAAGCAUUUGGGCAACAUAAUCUCCCUUUUGGCUGACUCUGUGGAAGGCGAAGAUUCACUGGUUUUGACAAUGGAGAAGUUUGAGCAUCUUGGGUAUCUGAUCUACUUUGGUGAAAAAGGAAUGGAGAAAACUCCCUUGAGCCAGAAUGCACCAUUUUUUGCAAAUUCAGAUCCUGAUAUGCCAGCUGCUCCCGUUCCUGCAUCUCAGGUUCAUGAUUGGCUUUUACAAAAUAUUUCUGAUGCAUUGGAGCGAAUCUCUGAAAGAGUUGCUGCAAAAGAGAAUGGGCAGACCAGUGCUUCUGAUCAAGAUGUUCUGAUGACUGAUGCCUGUGCUAAUUUGAAGGCAUCAACCAGUGCCAAGGGUCCCAGUUUUAUAGAGGGAAUCUCUAAACAAUCAUAUGUAAAGCAAGCUCCUGAACUUAAAGGAUCUUUUGUAAAGGUUGUAAAUUGCCAUGAAUCCGUCAUCUAUGUCUUAGCUCCUUUGAGAUAUGCCACCAUAUAUGGAUGCUCUGAUGCAACUAUAGUGCUUGGGGCUGUUGGAAAGGCUGUAAGAAUUGAACACUGCGAGAGGGUUCAUGUUAUUUCAGCGGCCAAGCGAAUUUGUGUUGCUAAUUGUCGUGAAUGUAUAUUCUUUUUGGGGGUAAACCAACAACCGCUUAUUGUCGGUGACAACCAUAAGCUCCAGGUGGCACCGUAUAAUACAUUUUACCCACAAUUGGAGGAGCACAUGCAAGAAGUUGGAAUUGAGACUAGUCCAAACAGAUGGGGUGAGCCUGUUGCACUGGGUCUGAUCGAUCCACAUGAUUCUCUGUCUCAUCCUGCUGGUGUAUCUGAUUGUCAAGCUGAGUCGGCUACUCGCCUAGACCCAGAUCAGUUUACAAACUUCUUGAUUCCCAACUGGUUAGAAGGUCAAGCAUCUGGAUCCACCAAAGAUAAUCCAUUUCCGCUGCCUGAUGUCUAUAUGUCUUGUCAGCGGAGAAACGAAAAUAACUUGGUGGAGGUUAAGCAGAUACUGAAAGAAGCACCGCUGGAAGAAAGCAGAAAAAAGGAAUUAUCGAGCGCACUUCAUGUCUACUUUAAAGACUGGUUAUAUGCUUCAGGGAACAUUAGACAACUAUAUUGCCUGCAAGGUGAAUAGAAGUGUAUUUUAUGUUGGUUGGUGGUGGUACUACAAGUUGAGAAUCAAGAUUGAUUGCAGUUCCACUUGUAAUGCUUCUGCUAACUCCAUUCUCCUCCUUUUCUUUGAUGAAUGAAUAGAAGAAUAAAGCAAGCUGCUGCUGAUUCAAUAUUCUGUCAUUUGAUUUCUGUUGCAUCUCCAAAUCAAUUCCAAACCAGUUUUUUGGAUCAAGUCCAAUGCAAUUGAUAGGAUAGUUAAAGUUUGCAGUAUUAUCUUGUCGAGUAUGUAUCGUUUUGCUAGGAGGAUACCCAUAAAUCUAACCUCCUUAAUGGGACUUUUCUUCUUGUUCUCCAGGGUCCUGUAGGAUUAGUCGAGCUGUCUGGACAACCAUGGUUAAAAAUUGAACAUAUGACAAGACUUUGCUAAUGGAGUUCUUUUUGAAACAA